CAUUGCCCACUUUGUGAAAUGAUGAAUAAAAAUGUGAAAAAUGUAAGAGUAGAUAGAAUUGCAAAUUUAAUCCAAGAGUAUGACAUUGAACAAGUUAUACACAUCAAAGGUCGUGAAAAUUGUCUGGUCGAUUAUUUCUAACAGCAAAUGAAUGUUCCGCUACAAUAGUUGAUAAAACUCCUCCUUCUCCAAGUACUCCUCGUUCAGAACAGUCGGAAACGGCGCGUACUACUAACGUGGAAGAAGACGGAGAGGAGGAAAAAAAGCAACUAGAUCCAUCGCCAAAUACAAAUGAAUUUGAUGAUUUCACUGACAUUAUUGUUUCCUCUAAUGAGUUUGAUGCGGAAAAUAAAAAAGGAGCAAUAAAGUUAAAAAGAAUUGAACGAAAAAAACAAAUGACACCACAACAAAGAAUAAUAAAAACUAGAAAAAGAACAAAAAGAGCAAAGAAAUUGGUAAGUAAAAAUACACUGGAGUACGAAAUUGCAAAAGGGUGGACAAUUGGAUUAUUGAAUGCUGUUCUAAAAUAUCACAAAAUUCAGCAGCAUCGAAAUCUAUAUCCACAAAAUCGUAAAUGGAUAAUUAAAUUUAAAAAUAAAGAUGAAACAGAAUGUGCAAAGGAGAAACUGGGGGAAUCUCCAUUCAGUGAAGAAGAGUUACAGAAUUGGAAACAACAAUUACCAGGUGACGAAGUGGAAGAACAAGAAAAUGAUGAACAACAAUAG